GGGGAGGAUUCAUCACCAGAUCAACAGGUCGAGAGUUUGCAGAAGACAGCAGCGGACAUUAGAUCAGACCUUUCACUGAACCAUUAAAGAACAUGCGUCACACACUUGUUUUGUUCUGUUCGUUCUGUUUGUGCUGGCUGAGUCUGAUGGGUGUGUUUGGGGCCGAAACAAAUGAAAUGCAGUCAAUGUCAGCGAUGGAGGGAGAUUCUGUCACUCUAAACACUGAUGUUACUGAAAUACAUAAAAAUGACGACAUACUGUGGAAAUUUGGAGCUAAAGAAUAUUUGAUAGCUCAAAUUAAAAAAAGGACACAAACCUUCAACAAAUAUGAUGAUGUUCCUGAUGGGAGAUUCAGAGACAGACUGAAGCUAGACGAUCAAACUGGAUCUCUGACCAUCACAAACAUCACAACUGAACAUGCUGGAUGUUAUAAACUAGAUAUUAGUGGAGUGAAACAGUCAUCAAAACCAUUCAAUGUUUCUGUCUAUGCUCGUCUGCCUGUUCCUGUCAUCAGCAGUAACUCUUCACAAUGUUCUUCAUCAUCAUCUUCAUCACAGCAGAAUUGUUCAUUGGUGUGUUCAGUGGUGAAUGUGAGUCAUGUGACUCUCUCCUGGUACAAAGGAAACAGUUUAUUGUCCAGCAUCAGUGUGUCUGAUCUCAGCAUCAGUCUCUCUCUACCUCUGGAGGUGGAAUAUCAGGAUAACAACACCUACAGCUGUGUGCUCAACAAUCCCAUCAGCAACCAGACUCAAAACAACAUCAACAUCACUCAAAUCUGUCGACCAUGUUCAGAACUGGACUCACUUUCUCCUUCACAACGAGACUCACUUCUAAUAGUGUUGAUCUCUCUAGUGUUGAUUUUAGCUGUAAUUGGGAUCUUCUGCAUCUACAGGAAAUGUAGAAGAACCGAUCAAGAAGUUCAGACUUGUGAUGAAGAAAUAACUUAUGCCGAGACAAUGUUCUACAGAAGAAAAACACGCAAAUUGAAAGCUGAAGAGGAGAGUCAUGUGGACUAUGUACCCGUCUUUAUGAGAUGAUGAUCAAACUUUCUUCAGUCUCAAAUACAGCUGUGUUAUCUCCUUCAUUGAGAAACUCUUGAGACACCCUCAGAUUCAAAGUCUAUAGUUGAGCUCUCAGACUGGUAAGAAUCACAAAAACAACAACAACAACAACAAAUUUACAUGGAUGAUGUGAUUGAAAACAGAAAAAAAUAAAGCUAGCUUUGAAAGCACAAGAUUCCAUCCUUCCUGCAAAUCACUCUCCAAAGCCACGCCUCCUCCAACGCUGUCACUUAACAUAGCAAUUGCUAUUGAGAUGUGAAAAGACUUUCAAAUGUUUUUGAACCAAAUCACCUAAACUGCCUUUAAAAACAUACUUAUUUGAUGUGCGAGAACAAACUUCACUGGUUUGGGUGCAUCAAGCAUGCUGAUUUAAGCUUCCGUCCAUUUCUUGAAGCUUGAAAAUGUUCAUUACAUGGACAGAAAUGGAGAUGACUGAAGGUCCUAUGGGUUUGGAAUGACGAGGGUGAGUAAAUGACAGAAUUGAGGACAUGUAUAUCUGCACACCAUGUAAAAUGUUCAGCAAAACAAGUCGAAGUGAACCGCUUCAUUCUGUGAAAUGCGGUUUGGUAGACAAACAUCUUCUGCAUGAGAAUGUGUCUGCUGCUGUAUGUUUGUGUUUGAUGUCUGUUCGUGAGUUUGUGUCGGAGGUGUCAACAGUGUGACUGUGUCUAUAACAUGUGGUUGUAGAGUGUUUUUCCAUUUCUGCCCAUGAUUUUAACAGUUUGACACAGUUUUCUUCUGUACACAAAAAAAUGAGAGAAAAAAAGAUUCUCACCGUGUGCUUGUGUUUGUGAAAUAUAAACUUGAUGUUCAAGUGCAUGUGCAUCUCACUAUAAACCCAUGAUUUUACGAACUCAUGCUGUGACCCUGCAGACAAGCUGUGCUAGUUUGAAGAGUUCUAACAAUAACUAUUCUUUAUCUCACAGAUGUUUUAACGAUCAUAUCCUGUUUUUGUCUGUCAACGUCUGGGAUUUGUUUUAAGAAUAAAUGCAAUGGAUGAUUUGCUAUUGUAACAUUUAUAGUACCAUGCAGAUGUUUGACAGUUAAUAAUGCCUUUAGUUUUCAUCAGUUUGGGGGAGUAGCUAACAUAAAGGAGCAGUGUUGCUAUAGAAAAAAUAUACUAAAUGCAUUUUUAAAUGUAUAAUGUGAUCCAGAUAGAGUGUUUCAUGAAUGAGAUGAAUAUUUAUUUAAUUAUUAUUACUUUAUAUUAUUGCCUGCUACAUCCAACCAAAUUAUUUCUGAAUUCAGUAUU